AUGACUGUUCUCUCAGACAAGGAAUCCGACCCCUCAAGAACUAGGAGGAAAUCAAAAUCGCAUAUUCUCGAGGAAUCUUUACGUUUUGGAGCUGAAGAGCACAAAUAUAGUAGUCAUAUAUCUGAUCCCACAGGAAUUUCUAAUGUUAAAUUAAACACAUACUCAGACAGUGGCAAAGUUAAAGCCACGGCCAUCCUGCUGUGCGGUGGGUCUGGCAACCGAUUCAACUAUGAUUUUUCAGAGUACCCCCAGGGAAAAUACUAUAUUCCCGAAGGGGUGCCGAAAUCGAAGCAGUUUAUCCACAUAUAUAACGUACCACUGUUUGUUUACUCUCUCUCCGAACUCAUUCACAACCCUAGUGUUUCUGAAAUUAUUAUCUCUUCCAAACCGCCAUGGUUUUCCAAAAUCGUUGAAAUGAUAGUCAAAUCUCGUGAAUUUAUUGCUAAUUAUGGUGAAAAAAUGGACGUUCCCGGAUACUCUGUGGAUCUGAUAGACAACUAUCCCUUCGGUAAAAUUCACACAUUCGCGUACGAUUUCAGCUCUAAAAAUUUUAUUUUGGACUUAAAGGACAUAGAAAAUGACGAGGAAGCUCGGUACAAGUUUAUUAAAUUUGUAGAAUCUGGACCUGAACGCUGUAAUUCCGCAUAUAAUGCUCUCAGGCACUUGGAGGAUCACACCAAAGACGAUCAUCUUGUUUUAAUUCAUGACGGAGCUCGACCUCUCAUUAAACUAAUCGAUCUGGAUCUUUUGAUUAAAAACACUGUCAAAUACGGAGCUUGCAUCCCUGCUUACAGGCCAGCUGACACCAUAAAGUUGGUGGACGAUAAAAUCGUCUCCAAGACCCUCGACAGGUCCAAAACUUAUGUUGUUCAGACUCCCCAGGCGUUUAAGUACAAGUUGAUCAAAGAUGCCUACGACAAUGUGAUGGAUUCCUUGAUUUACGAGCCGAUGCUGCACAAGUACUUUACGGACGAUUCUAGCAUUUUGGAGUCACAGUUUGUCAAUGUCGUCGUCGCAAAUGGACAUCAGUUCAAUUUGAAGCUAAGCUACAACAAUGAUCUGGAUCUGUGUCGGUUCUUAAUUAAAAAGUCGAUAUUUAACGACGCAGUGUAA